AUGUCCAGUCUAUUUGGCGCCCGAGGCGGCUUUGCCCAACCCCUGCAACCUCUACUGCAAUCGCUUUUGGGACCGAAUAGUACCCCCUCCACCACCACCCAACAAUAUUUGGAAAUGUUUCAAUAUUAUAAAAAUCUAAAUGCUUAUGCUGAUCUCAAUUCAACCUAUUCAACACUGUCGGCGAUGGGUGCGGGUCGCAUGCCCACCUCUGCAGGGCCAUCCUCCGCAAGUGCUGCAAAUCCUUUGGCUGCCUUGGGCGAUCUAAGUAUGUAUGGUCUGCCCUCGAGUGCAUUACAGGGUUUAAGUGCCAGUUCGGCGGGUAGUAUGAAUUUGGCAAGUAGUGUUUUGGCAGGAGCAUUACCUCCACCACCGCCACCACAGCCAACACCAUCCUCUGCAGCAGCAGCAAUUGCAGCAGCGGCCGCGGCAGCAGCUGCUAACUCAUCAAUGUAUACCUCUGCCGCCGCUGCCUCCUCGGCAUCAUCUUCUUCUACACCAUCGUCCAUGGUAAAUGCGGUUCUAUCAUCAGCCGCAGCAGCCUCCAGUAUGACCAACACCACAAGUUUUGAACAAUAUCAACAAUCGUUGCGGAAUUCCUAUCCCCAGCUGCCCAAUAUGUAUAGUUAUGCUGGUGAUUUUGGUAUUGGUUCGUCGGGUUCGACAAUAUUGGAUAAAUCAAAGUCGGGGAAAAACAAUAAACAUCAUUCGUCGUCGUCUUCGGGACAUAACAGCAAUAAAAAUUCUAGCAAUUUACCGGGUGGUAAGGGUAAUAAUAAUAAUACCACUCCAACCCCAGUUAGCCUGUACUCCUCGGCCUCGUCUUAUUUAAAUCAGCAGCAACAGCAACUACAGCAUCCAUCCUCACAUCAUCCUCAUUCAAGACCCAGUUCUAGAAAUACUCCAACAACAGCGGAAUCGAAUAAAACGAAAAAUAAUACAGCGCCCCCCAUCGCUGCUUCCUCGGCGUUAACAUCCUCAUCUGCCUCCAGUUCGACAUCCAGUACAACAAAGUCUACAAUUUCGACAUCAUCUACAAGUUCGUCUGCUUCCUCUUCCACAACAACAAAGUCGAAUAAUAGUGGUCAUGAUUCGCCCAACAAUACAAAUAGUUUAAUAAAUUAUCGGCGUUCCGAAUCUUCGGCCAGUGGUAAUCCAUCGACAAAAUCCCAACAAAGGAGACUGGGAAAUACGGAUCAGGCAAAGGGUAAUAAUAACACAGCUAGUGGAGGUGCGAGUUCGGUUAUUGCUUUGGGUACUCCCCAAAAAUCCUCAAUAUCCCAGCAGAAUCAGAGUCCAGCAUCAGCAUCUCACUCUACAAAUUCUAAAUCAUUAUCCAAAUCAAAUACUUCGUCGGCUAAUCAAAAAUCUCAACAAAAACAAACCACCACUUCAUCAACCUCAUCCUCCACCUCCUCCUCAUCGAUCUCCUCCUCCUCGACGUCCUCAUCCAAUUCCCAUAAUGUGUCUAAUAAUUCCGGCAAGUCAUCAUCAGCUAGUCUGGGUGGUGAAACCAGUCGUACCAUGAACAUGGGUAUUUUAUAUCCCAAAAAUCAGGACAAAUCCUCCGCCUCCUCCAAACCCAAUUCACCCAUGAAUAUGGGCAUUGUUUAUCCCAGAUCAUCCGGCUCAACAAAAUCCAAUAACAACACCACCACGAGCACAUCAUCAUCUUCAUCCACCACCAACUCUGAAAUGCAAAUAAUACCCACCUCUUCGCCGCCCGGAACCAUCAGCAUAUCGAAACAAUUAAAUGAUCUGUCACCAAGUAUAUCAUUGACAGCUGUUACCAAACAAACGACGACGACGUCAGGAGGUACAAAUAAAUCUGGGUCAGGGGGUGGUGGGUCAGGUGCAAUAAAUAUCAAAAGUAUAAGUGGUGGCUCCGGAGCCACAUCCUCCGCCUCCCCGAUACAAAUUAAUAAGGUUUUACAAAACAAUACGACAAUACGUAGGACCUCAAGUCCGGUUCAAGUGGCUGGGGGUUCAAAACAACAAUCAGGAAAUCCCAGCUCCGCCACAGGUCAAAAUGCCAGCAAUAUUUUGGCCCGCUUUAAGGCCAAACUACCCCAAAAUACCAGCAGCAGCAACAAUCCUCCACCCCUACAUCGGGCCAAUACCUCAUUGGGAAUUACACAAAAAACACCCACUGUCAACCUAACCUCCAAAACUCCAUCGGGUCUAAUUAUUACCAAUGUAAAAACCCCCAUCAAACAACAGCCACAAAAUUUUGGCAACAACAAAGGGGUAACCCCUACAACAACAGCAAGUGGCAGCAGCAACCAGGCGGCCGUCUCCACCCUGGCCAAACAACAGGCUGCCGUAUCAGUGGCCAAAUCCAAUAGCCAACAAAGGAUACCCCCGACCUCCUCCUCCACCACCUCCAUAAAUUUACAAAAAUCCUCCUCUAACAAUAACCUGCCCUCCAUAUCCUCCCUUAAGGGUGGCACAAUUAUCAAGAAAACCAAUCUAACCCCAGCUGGACGUCACAAACUACCCGUCUCUCUCAGUAAUUCGCCCUCGUUGACGGUGACCUCCAGCAAUAAAUUACCCAUAAUUAGCAGUGUCAAAUCGAUUUCACCUGCCAUGGCGGCCAGUAUGGCCGCUGCAUCAUCGUCCUCUGGGAAAUCGACAACAAUUUCCAAAAUCACAACAUCCUCCGGUUUGGUCAAUAAACCCUCGGUGGUAAAUGUGGCCAAAACAUUGGCCCAAAUGCAAAAGCGAAUGUCCUCCUCAAUGUCCGCCACAAUGGUGGCGGCCUCCUCUUCAUCAUCACAAUCAUCGACGACGGCAGCAGGAGGGAGUUCAAUGCGUAACACAGUCAACAUACGACCUGUGGUAAUGGAUUCUAAACAGAAUUCUGCUAAUAUAGCGGGUGGUGGGGGUAAUGCUGCCGGCAGCGGGGGUGGUGUCUAUAUUAUUGAGACAAAUAUCAAUGAUAAAAAAGUGGCAAUAGGAGCACCGACCAAAAGUGGCGGUGGCACAACAGUAACCAAAGUUUCUGCUCAAAAUCCAAAUAAACGCAAGAAUGCCGAUCCUCUGUCUAAGGAAAUCACUAUCGAAACUAAACGUCUAAAAAAUUAAAAAAAUUAA